AUGUCGGGAGCAAGAACUCGAGCUCAAAAUGCCGCUAACGAUCCUCACAAUCAAUCUUGUACCAUCCAAGACCUCACCACCCUCGCCCGAGAACAAAAUGAACAAAUCAACCGCCUUGCUAACCUUCAAAACCGAAACCCUCUUCCACCUCCUCCUCCUCCCCCACCUAGAAAUACAGCCUCCUACGAGCGAUUCUUGAAAAUGCAUCCUACCGAAUUCCACGGCGGCCCAAGUCCAACUGUUGCCGAAGAAUGGAUCAAAUCCCUCGAAGUUAUUUCGGAAUACAUGGUGAUGAAUGACAGCGACCGAAUCCAUUGCGCACUAUUCUCGUCGAAGAAUGAAUCCCGAAAUUGGUGGGAAUGCGCAAAAAGUGGGAUCGAUCUAGCAAAUACCACUUGGGAAGCUUUCAAAGUUAUUUUCUUCGAAAAGUACUUUUCCAAGAAUGUCCGAGCACAAAAGCUUAAGGAGUUUCUCGAACUCAAAGAAGGAAACCUAACCGUUGCCGAAUUCACUCGCCGUUUCGAGCAAGGAAGCCUCUACGCACCUUUCAUAUCCAAAGGCGACACUGAGAAAAUGAAUCACUACCUAAGGGGCCUCAACCCGAUAAUCAAGCGCGACGUUCGACUAACCUCUGCCUCUACUUUCCGCGGAGUAGUGGACAAAGCCUUAGAAGCCGAACAAGACGAGAUGGAAAUCCGAUAA